AUGGAGAUGGACAAGGAGGCAGCGAGGGACUUCCUCUCCUCGCUCCUCAACAAGAACCUUCGAGUCGUCGCAACUGACGGGCGCAUGUUCCUUGGCCAAUUCAAGUGCACCGAUCCGGACCAGAAUGUAGUCCUUGCUCAUACCUACGAAUACCGGCGGCCGACGUUCCAGCAACAAGGGGAUGCAGCGCGAGCGGCGGGCGCGAACGCGGAGAGCGUGAAGAUGGAUAUGACUUCGCGCUAUUUGGGGCUUGUUGUGGUACCUGGAGAACACAUCGUCAAGAUUGAAGUUGAAGAGUUUGCGAGCCAAUUGAAGCACAACAAUCCUUACGCCGAAGCUGCGGUGGCAUAA